UUAAUCCCGUACCAAUUAAUAAAAAAGAAACUCGAAACUCUUCUUUUACCGUCGAACAAAACCGUCGCAAUUUGUCUGAGAAAGUUUGAUGAAGAACCUCCACCACCACCUCCACGCUCUCCCCUUGAAUCAACACCACACUUUCCUCUCCCCCGACACCCAAAUCCUCCACCUCUUGAAAAACGGCGCUCUCUCUCAAGCCCUGAACCUCCUCAACACUUCACAACCAACCCUCUCUCUCAAACCAGUCAUCUACGCUUCCCUCCUUCAAACCUGCGUCAAAACCUCCUCAUUCCACCACGGCACCUCCGUCCACGCCCACGUCCUCAAAUCCGGACUCCACUCCGACCGCUUCGUCGGCAACAGUCUCCUCACUCUCUACUUUAAACUAAGCCCGGGCCCCCAUUUAUCUCAGGCCCGUAAACUCUUCGACUCACUCUCUAUCAAAGAUGUCAUCUCAUGGACUUCUCUCAUCUCCGGUUACACCCGCUCCGGUCUGCCACAUCAAUCUAUCUCUCUUUUCCACCAAAUGUUAACCUUUCCUAUUCAGCCCAAUGCUUUUACUCUCUCUUCCGUUGUUAAAGCUUGUUCCCAGCUUAAUAACUUAACCCUGGGUCGUUGCUUUCAUUCCAUGGUUAUAACACGUGGGUUUGAUUCCAACACUGUUGUUUCUUGCUCGUUGAUUGAUAUGUAUGGUUGGAGUCGCGCGGUUGAGGAUGCACAGCGGGUGUUCGAUGAUUUGCCUGAAAAAGACGAUGUUUUUUGUUGGACUGCGAUUGUAUCGACGUUUACGCGAAAUGAUAUGUUUAAAGAGGCGCUGAAGUUGUUUUAUGUGAUGCAGAGGGUUCGUGGGUUGGUUCCGGAUGGUUUUACGUUUGGGACGGUGUUGACUGCUUGUGCUAAUUUAGGGUUGUUGAGGCAAGGGAAGGAGGUUCAUGCUAAGGUUGUUGGUUUAGGUUUUGGUGGAAAUGUUGUUGUUGAGAGUAGUUUGUUGGAUAUGUAUGGAAAAUGUGGGUCUGUUAGGCAUUCUAGGAUUGUGUUUGAUAGGUUAAGUGAUGAUAAGAAUUCAGUGACUUGGACUGCAAUGCUUGGUGUGUAUUGUCAGAAUAAAGAAUAUCAAAAUGUGCUUGAUCUUGUUAGGGAGAGGGGGGUUUUGGAUUUUUACGGAUUUGGGAUUGUUCUUCGUGCGUGUUCGGGGUUGGCUGCGGUGAAUCAUGGGAAAGAGGUUCAUUGUAAAUAUGUGAGGAAUGGUGGUUGGAAAGAUGUUAUAAUUGAGUCUGCGUUGGUUGAUUUGUAUGCAAAAUGUGGUAUGGUUGAUUUUGCACGCACGGUGUUUGCGCAUAUGGAGGUUAGGAAUUUGAUCACGUGGAACUCGAUGAUCAGUGGGUUCGCGCAGAAUGGAAAUGGGGUCGAGGCGUUGGUGUUGUUUGAGGAUAUGAUUAAGGAAGGGAUUAUACCUGAUUCCAUCACUUUUGUUGCGGUUCUCUUUGCUUGUAGUCAUGCGGGUUUGGUUGAUGAAGGGAGACGGUUUUUUGCUUUGAUGGGGGAAUAUGGGAUUAAGCCUGUUGUGGAACAUUAUAAUUGCAUGAUUGAUCUUUUGGGGCGUGCUGAGUUUAUAGAGGAGGCUGAGUGUUUAUUGGAAAAUGCAGAUUGCAAAUAUGAUAAAUCACUUUGGGCAGCUCUUCUUGGAGCUUGUACCAAGUGUUCUGACUACGACACUGCCGAACGCAUUGCGAAGAAGAUGAUUGAAUUGGAACCUAACUUCCAUUUGAGCUAUGUUCUGCUUGGUAACAUUUACAGAGAGGUUGGCCGGUGGGACGAUGCUUUGGAGAUCAGGAAGUUGAUGGAAGAUAGAGGGGUUAAGAAGUUGCCCGGUAAGAGCUGGAUUGAUAGUGAAAAUCGGAAGGGUUCUCAUGUGAACGCUUGUACGGGAAAAGGUGAUUCUAGCAUGCGGGAAGCUAUUUGAUGACCAACAUUUUAAACUGUGGACAUAGUUGCAAUAAGAUUAUGACCCUUGUUAAGCCACUGGUGUAGUUGCAUUAUAGUUUCAGAUAAAUGCAACAAAUGUGGCUGCAACUUCUUGUACAAAGUAGCUGUAACCCCAAAAGCAGUAUUCUAGCAAUGGGAGAGUCAGUGUGAUGAUAGAAAUUGGCAGAUUAUUCGAAGCUAUGGCUAAUGACCUAGUAUUUGCCCUUUUGGCAAUAUUGAGCUAGCAUGUUAACUAAUAGUAGCAUCAGCUUCAAGUAGAUUAUACAAAGAUUCUACGGUACUGUUGUGAAUAAUGGGAAUUGUUUAACUCUCAUUCGAGAAGUGACUGCCAUUGAAGCCAGCAUCUAAUAUUUUUUGUUGUCUGGUGGAAGAGAUUGCGAUGAUAAGCCCUGCAGAAUUCAUCAGCCGCUGUAAUCAGAUAAAAUGUAUAAAAAAUUAUUACAUAUUGAUCAUGUUAGCUGAUUUGCAUAAUUGUGUGCUUUCAUGACCAAGAUGGUCUGGUUAUUGCAGAACUGAUGAGAAUGAUUGGCAAACUAAGGUUACUAAGAUACAAACUAUUCGUUCUUUACAAAUCUUGCUUGUACCUGAGGGUUGACUUGGGACUUCUUGAUGAUGCAAAGAGCCUCAUAACAAUUCUACCAAGCGGUCCCUUAGCCGUGGUUGACAGGGAAAGGGGAGGAGCACUUGAGAAGGGAAGGAGAGAUUUUAGAAGGGCUGCUGCUGGAAGUUUGGUUAUUGAUGGUAAUUCAUGGUCAAGGAUGAAAUUGAGUUACAGAGAAAGGAAGCACAAAAGGGUUAAGAUAUUUGUUCUUCUUUAGCCGAUUGUUUUAAGAGUUUAACGCUAUACACUAUGAGUGUUAACAUUCAAUGAGAAGCCUCCAUUUUACCAUUUCAUACACCAAUUUUAAAAUUUAGUUACAAAAGUGGGGUGAUGUGGUUAAAUAAUCUGAUAGAAAUGUGAUUAGUGAAGUGGGGCCUAGGCCAAGGGUGUGGAAAGUUUAUACUAGGAAGAAGACAAAAAGGAAUGAAAGAUGAUGACAUGGCUGUGAAUGCAUGAGGAACGCAUGAAAUGCAUGAGAGUGGCUAUAUAUAGCUAUAGCUGGAAGGGAAUAAUCAGGAAGGAAUUCGGUUAGAAUCUGGUGGGGUCACCUCUUGGUGAUUUGGGAGCACUGCGUGCCUGGGAAUUGGUAGCUAUUACCGGUUUGUUAUUUUUCUAUUUUUCUAUUCUUAUCUUUCUGUAAUUGUGGAUCUCAUAGCAAUACAAUUCCAGUUUCAUUACUCAUAUUACACUGUUA